GCGAUGUUUGCGUGUGUGAGUGCGACAGCUCAAGAAAAUCUCCCGGAGAAAAAUUGCAGUAUUAUCGGAUUGUGUGAGGCUGUGUUCACAAUUUGUGUAUAAAUCAUCUGGAGACGCGAUAAGAUUGCUCUGUGAUCGCUGUAACUUAUCUGGCGAGUGGAUUUUGUCGCUUUUAGAUAAGAUUACGCCUCAGCGCGGUGUGCACAUAGUGUCGUCUCGCUCCCACCAAUGCUUUUCCCGCCUCACAGUGACUGCCCGAGGGCGCUGGUGUAGUGGUGGCCCAAGAAGAUCUCCAAUAUUUUUUCAGGCAGCAAGAAAAAAUUCAAUAUUUAUCGUCACUCUUUAUCCAUCAUUUAGCACUAAGUGCGGAAUUGACGAGUGUGUGGGUGGCAACACGCACCUGACGCAGGACUCCCGGAACGAUUGGGCGACAUUGGCGUGCACCUGAGUCUGUUUGAGGUCUGACCAGACGUUGAGAUCAAUGAUAGACAACUAACAGAGUCAACUGCGCAAUGGGACUUACACUGUCUGAGCCUGUGACGAACAAGGAGUCGGCCUACUGUCAGAAUGAGCAGUUCAGGGUGGGUUCGAGUUGUAUGCAGGGAUGGCGAGUGCAUAUGGAGGACUCUCACACGCACAUCCUGUCGCUGCCAGACGAUCCGGAAGCGGCCUUCUUCGCCGUGUACGAUGGACAUGGGGGCGCGAAUGUGGCGCAGUAUGCUGGCAAGCACCUCCACAAGUUCAUUGUCAAGCGGCCAGAGUAUGAGGAAAACCCCGGAGAGGCCAUGAAGCAAGCAUUCCUGGACAUUGACGAUGCGAUGCUGAAGGAUGAGAAGCUGAGAGAACAGAUGGCGGGUUCCACGGCUGUGGCGAUUCUCGUGAAGAAUGACUCGCUGUUCUGUGCAAACGCCGGGGAUUCGCGGGCUGUGGCGUGCAUUAAUGGCAAAGUGGAGGUGCUAUCGAUCGAUCACAAGCCCAACAAUGAGCGUGAGAUGAAACGCAUCUUCGAGGGAGGCGGCUUCGUUGAGUACAAUCGCGUCAACGGUAAUCUGGCUUUGUCACGUGCACUCGGAGACUUUGUGUUCAAGAAGAACACCCACUUGAGCCCGGAGGAUCAAAUCGUCACGGCCUAUCCGGACGUGGAGGUGCGGAAAGUCUCACCCGACUGGGAGUUUGCAGUGCUGGCGUGCGAUGGCAUCUGGGACGUGCUGAGCAACGAGGACGUGGUGGACUUCUGUCGUCAGCGAAUAGCCUUGGGUCUCUAUCCUGAGGAGAUCUGCGAACAGCUGAUGACGCGCUGCCUCGCUCCGGACUUCCAGAUGGGUGGCCUUGGCGGGGACAACAUGACUGCGGUGCUGGUGUGCUUCCUGCACGGGAAGACGUACGAGGAUCUGCAGGCGCGCUGCUCCUCGUCUCUCAGCAAAGACUCACCGACGCAGGAGAGCGAAGAGACGACUCCGGACCUCAAGUGAAUUCCCUUCAAACUUCCAGAAUUUGUUGAUUCAACGAACUUUGACCCUUCAGUUCUGUAUCUUCUUCCACAUCUUUUCCUCUAUGUUCUUAGGUGAUAUUCAUUAUUGUAAUUUACGUUGAAUGUGUGUAGAAGAGUCUAUGCGGCUUCCUAGAGAGUUUUUCACCCACACGCAAAGUAUAAAUUUAGGUUUAUCAAUUCCCUUUCAUGUGGAAUCGUUGGUGAGAAACACAAAGUAAAAUCCAAAGCAUUGUAACAUAGAGUAGUGAGUAAGGACAUUUUUAAGUUAAAGAGGAUGGCAAAUGAUAAUAACAAUGAAUAAGGAGUUUUGCAAUAAAUUUUGAAGUAGAAUUUCUAUUCGCGUUUCAACUUGCAGAGGAAUGUUACUCAUAAAAGUACCACGAAAUAUAGUUGAACUCCUUGUAGGCUGAAAAGGAUUCUGUAAAGUUUGAAAUUCAACGGCUUCGGAUUAAGUGGGGGUGGUUUGGUUGAGCUUUUCGGUGCAAAUCCGCCAGAGGAAGACAUAGCAGCACUUUCUGCCCAUUCGUGCGGCUCUGCACCGCUUAUGCCCGUUACAGACUUCAUCCCUAAGUAGACUCAACUCAUGGAAGCCUGUAAAACUUGUCCUGAAUACAAAC